AUGGUGAAUAUUGAAGAAAUGUCCAUGGGAGCUUACAAAAAGAGACUUAGAGACGAUGUUGGUCAGGGUUUAGUACAACCUGCCGUACCUGCCACUGCCACAUUCGAGCUGAAGGGACAUAUCCUCACUGCACUAAAGGAUAUCUCAUUCUAUGGAAAAGAUCAUGAGGAUGCUUUUAAGCAUCUAGAUAAAGUCAACGACAUUAAUGAUUAUUUCAAUGUCCUGAAUGUGAAUAGAGAUACCGUCUUGCUAAGGAUGCUUCCUGUUACUUUUAAGGGAGCUGCUAAGGAUUGGUUAAAAGCACUACCACUGGGUACAAUCACUACAUGGGCUCAAAUGUGUGAGCAGUUUCUAGACCAAUUUUGUCCACCAUCCAAGAUAGCUAAACUCAAGAAGGCAAUAGCCAAUUUUGAGCAAAACCUGGGGGAGUCACUUUACGAGGCUUGGGAGCGCUAUAAGGGGUUGUUAAGGAAUUGUCCUCAACAUGACCUUAACAUUCAACAAGAAGUGUCCAUAUUCUAUGAGGGGGUCAAUGUAAUGACAAGGCAACUCCUUGAUUCUCAAGGACCACUUACAAAGAAAAAUGCGGGUGAAGUCAAGGAAUUAGUUGAAGAAUUUGCAAAGCAUUCUCGUGAAUACCACAAUCCAAGGAAUGAAGGAGUAAAGGGAGUUGGGAGUGCACAUUCUGAAGAGAUGCUUGCUAUAGUGGCAAUGCUAAAUAAUACAGACCGAAGGCUGACCCAAAUGGACCAAUCAAUUCAUGCAGUUAGAGUUGGUUGUGAACGAUGCAGUGGGCCACACUUCACUAAAGAUUGCCAUUUGGAUGAGUAUGGGAACAAGAAGGCUCAAGUUUGCUACUCAAGUGGGGACAAGUUUAAUGAAGACUGGAGAAAACCAAAGAAGGAAUGGCUGCCAUACGAUGAGUACAAGAGGCAAAAAGAAGAAAAAUAUAAGCAGACAUGCCGAGGCUUCUACCAAAAAGAGCAACCACCAGCCGAGAAGAAAGUAGACUUGGAAAACAUGUUGACCCGAUUUAUGGAAGCAUCCGAGAGAAGACAUGAUGAUAUCAAUGCAGUGCUAAAGGAACACAUGAAUAUGAUGAAAGAACAACACAAAAUGAUGAUUGACCAGCAAGCUUCAUUAAGAAAUAAUCAAGAAUCGAUUCAUAGUUUAGAAGUCCAAGUUGGUCAACUCACUACUUUGUUUUUAGAGGCACUAGAAGUGGAGCCAAAGCAGCCCGAUCCAAAGCCGAAGAAGCCGAAGCUCGAAAAUGAAGAAUCUACUGAAAUACCCAGUUCACGUCGUGAGUCCGCUAUGCACACAUCAUGGGCCCGGUCUGAACAGAAAAAUUCCAUAUCCGUUCCAACUUAUAAACCGCCUUUGCCAUUCCCAUCUCGAUCACAUCUUAGUCCACUGGAAAGGGUACAUCUGGAGUUUAUUCAACAAAUAAAGGAAUACGCGAAGUUGCUACAAGAUAUAAUAGACACUCGACAUGAAUUGAAGAAGAAUUAUAAAGUGAUUCUAAGUGAGCAAAGCUUAAGAGCUGUAUUGGGAGAGUUACCCAAGAAGAUGGGAGAUCCCGGACGCCUCACUCUUCCAUGUGCGUUUGGAAAUAAUUUGAAGACUUAUGCUUUGUCCGAUUCUUGGGCUAGCAUAAAUUUGAUGCCUUUUUCGUUCUACCAAAAGUUAAAUAUCCAGAAGAUGAAGGCUACGAAGAUGACAAUUCACAUGGCAAAUCGUUCGGUGAUUCACCCGAGGGGAAUUGUUGAAGACAUCCUUGUUAAAAUUGGCAAAUUUGUUUUCCCAGUUGAUUUUGUAAUUAUGGAUAUGAAGGAGGAUGCAAAUAUCCUAAUCAUUCUUGGUCGCCCUUUGCUAAAUACAGUUGGCGCUUUGGUUGAUGUUCGUGAAUCUAAGCUUACAUUGAGGGAUGGUGAUGAUAAGGAAGAUUUUGGAAUACAAUAUGGAUUUCAAGGAUAUGAUGUUAAAGGUGAAGUGUUCAAUAUUGAUGAAGAGAAUGAACUUGAAGAAUUAGAAAAACUCACGGAGGAAGAAAUCAAGGCAAUUAAUCAAGUGAAACACACUAAACCAAGUGCAUCCGUUCCAUUUUUCGUUGAAGUCAUUGCCUACACAAAACCAACAUCUUUGAUAACUGAGGAAAGUGAUGAAAUGUCGAGUGAUGAAGAAGAAGUUACAUCAAAGGUGACUAGUCCAGUGGUGAAGGAAGAGAAGGAUACUAUGGAGCUUAAGUGUGAAGACAAAUUAGAGACUAAAGGGAUAAAACGCAAGCUCGAUGGAGACGCAAUCAAGGCUAAAAAGGAAAUUUUGAAAAAGGCGUAUAUUCGUCAAGUUCAAGCUUAUAAGAGACGUUUCAAAGAGAAAAAGAUCCAGCUGGUGAUGGACUCUUCUGAUGAUUCAACGUAG